AUGCAUCUUCCUGAAAUUCCAAGCCUCUUAUGCUUUGGGGUUGUUGUACUUUUGAUAAAUUGCUUGGCAUCUACAAAUGCCGAGGAGGUCACUUGCUCUGGGAUUGUGCCCAUGAGGCUUCGUGAUGAUACUGUAUCGAUUGCGGAUUUUGGAGGUGUGGGUGAUGGAGAAACUCUGAACACGGGAGCGUUUAGGGAGGCGAUUCGCAGAAUCGCGGACUCGAACAGGACAGGUGGCACCCUCCUAUUCGUCCCUAGUGGGGUGUAUUUAACCGGGCCGUUCAAUCUCACUAGCCGAAUGACUCUGUAUUUGGACAGAGGUGCUGUUAUCAAAGCCACAAUGGAUACUACACAGUGGCCCUUAAUAGCCCCUUUGCCUUCAUAUGGGAGAGGAAGAGAAAGACCUGGAGGAAGGUACAUGAGCUUCAUCCAUGGGGAUGGACUUAAUGAUGUAAUUAUCACAGGGGAUAAUGGGACGAUUGAUGGCCAAGGUAAUGUGUGGUGGAACAUGUGGAAGAGUAGAACUCUCGAGUACACAAGACCCAAUUUAAUUGAACUGAUGAAUUCCAGAAAUAUACUCAUUUCGAACAUUACUAUGAAAGACUCGCCAUUUUGGACCUUACACCCUGUGUAUUGCAGCGGUCUCGUUGUGAAAUACGUCACCAUAGUGGCUCCUGCUGAUUCUCCCAACACCGAUGGAAUAGAUCCAGACUCGACGACAAACGCAUGCAUCGAGGACUCCUACAUAUCGACCGGGGAUGACUUGGUCGCUAUAAAAAGCGGUUGGGACGAAUAUGGAAUUUCCUUCAACCGCCCGAGCAGCCAAAUCACCAUCCGGCGCCUUACCGGUUCAUCCCCCUUCGCCGGAAUUGCGGUCGGCAGCGAGACUUCCGGCGGCAUCCGCGACAUCUUUGCCGAGCACAUAAACCUCUUCCGCAUGGGAGUUGGCAUCCACAUAAAGACGAACAUCGGGAGAGGUGGGGUCAUAAAAAAUAUCACGAUCUCAGAUGUUAAUAUAUUCGGCGCCCGAAAGGCGAUCAAGAUAUCAGGUAGCGUUGGGGACCACCCGGACGAGAAUUACGAUCGGAACGCGAUUCCGGUUUUGAAGGGUGUUGUGAUUCGAGACGUGUGGGGGGAAAAUGUGGAGCAGCCGGGGCUUAUUCAGGGUUUGAAACGUGCGCCUUUUGAUGGGAUUUGUCUUUCGAAUGUUACUUUUGGUUCGGUUAUUGGCGGGAAAAACUUGGCUUGGCAGUGCUCGGAUGUCAGGGGUGGCGCUGAGCGGGUCAGCCCGAUGCCGUGCGUGGAGCUGCUGAGCGGGCAGGAGACGGGUAUGUGCUCGUUGAGCCUUUGA